AACUGAAAGGGAGCCGACUGUUUCCGAGAGAAAGUUCCCCUUCUGAAGAACCCUGCCCAAGAAAUAUUUAGAAAGACAACAUCAACAUUUGAUGUUUUAGUUAGAUUUUGUACCGUUUUUAUACACAGAUUAAACUAAACAGUUAUAAUUAUAAUUAGUUUAGUUUAUAGUUCAGACGUGCAGUGAAUCCUGGAUUUUAAACGGCGAGGCUUGAUCAGAAUUAAUCUUGCCAGAACACAGAAGAGACUCUUCAAGAGAGUCGGUGGUUGUGACUUAUCAACAAUUUUAACAAUGAAACGACUUAAUUGAAUCUGCUGUCCAAAUUCUUCAAAGCGAGUUUUAAAUCAAGACUGAAAUUCUAAAUCAAAAUGACUGCUGGAGCUGAAAUAAAAGGCCACGAGGGUCAGAGUCAAGGUCAACAUGAUGUUCACCGCGCUUUAAACGACAUCCCGGCCAAAGCGAACCUCCAGCCGCCGCACGAUGGCGAAGGGCAAUGCCAAGUCUACCGGGGGACCGUGUGCAAAUCCUUCAUUGGAAAGCGGACCGUGUACGUCCACUCAGAAGAAGCGCAGCUCAUUAUCGAAUCUAAACUGCGAGAAGCUCUCCCGGUCAUUCAACACUCACCCGACAUUGCUGAGCGGUGUUCCGAAUUCGCUAUCCCGUCCCUCUGCUACUCCGCCUUUCCCCUCUGUCCCGAGGUGGCAGGUCAAAAUCCUGAGGAAAACGUCAACUUUGUCUCGCCGCGCCGCCUCUGUCGCGAAGAAUGUGAACUUCUCGAGCACGACUUGUGUCGCCAAGAAUACGCCCUGGCGAAACGGCACCCCCUCAUUGGACAACAACUCCCCAUCCCAGAGUGCUCCGAGUUACCCCCUCUCGGUUCUAAAGAGUCGGCGACAUGCAUUCGCCUAGGUUUACCGUACCUCACCCCAAUUCUGGAGGAACAUCCCUGUUACAAGGAGACUGGUGAAGGGUAUCGAGGCAAGGUGGCGGAAACUGCGGCGGGAGAACCUUGUCGACCUUGGAGUCAUCAACUGGAAUAUUCGUCGUCAUCAUUUCCAGAGUUGAUGGGGGGACAUAACUACUGUCGAAAUCCGGGCGGGAUGCAGCCAAAUCCCUGGUGUUAUACGGACUCACAACAAGGAAACUUUCGGAGGGAAGCAUGCAAACUGGAUAAGUGUGGGUUAUUUGGAUAUGAGAACCAAUUUUGGAUGACGGUUUCCGCCGGUCUGGCCGGUUCCGUCGUUUUCUUCCUCAUCCUCAUCUGCUGUUGUUGCUGUACUAGAAGCUCUCGUAACAGUGGGGGUGGAGGAUCUUCCAAGAAAUCAAAGAAAUCUUCCCGGUCGUCCACAAAGUCGGUCGGAGGUUCCACGUUGGGAGGAAGGAAUGGAUCUUUACAAGAAUUGGAGAUGAAUUCACUCCUCCGAGGGGGAAAAAAUAACCCGAAAGCACCCGAAGUUCCGCUACAACAUCUUCAAUUUUUCCAAGAAUUGGGAGAAGGGGCGUUUGGCAAGGUGUACAAGGGCGAAGCCAUCCUUCCCGGAGAAUCUGGGCGGGCACAACCCGUUGCCAUCAAGGCGUUAAAGGCCAGCGCAACACCAAAGACGAAAACAGAUUUUUUCCGAGAGGCCGACCUUAUGGCUGAGUUACGCCAUGCGAACAUUGUCUGUUUGUUGGGUGUUGUGACCAAGUCGGAGCCUCAUUGCAUGUUGUUUGAGUAUAUGAGCCAAGGGGAUUUGCAUGAGUUUUUGAUGACUCAUUCGCCCAGAGCGGAAGCCACCUCCGAUUUUGUACUUGAACCGAAUGAAAUGUUAUACAUUGCGACGCAAAUUGCAGCAGGGAUGGAGUAUUUGGGUGGGCAUCAUUAUGUGCAUAGAGAUCUCGCCGCCCGAAAUGCCCUGGUAGGAGAAGGCCUGACCGUAAAAAUAUCCGACUUUGGACUGUCUAGAGACAUUUACUCGUCCGAUUACUAUCGGGUCCAAUCCAAAUCGCUACUUCCAGUUCGAUGGAUGCCACCCGAAUCAAUUUUAUACGGAAAGUUUACCACCGAGUCGGAUGUGUGGAGUUUUGGCGUUGUACUUUGGGAAAUUUAUUCCUUCGGCUUACAGCCGUAUUAUGGCUACGCGAACCAGGAGGUUAUAGAAAUGAUUAGAUCACGACAACUCCUUCCCUGCCCUGACCUCUGUCCCCCAAGGAUGUACGCGCUCAUGGUCGAGUGCUGGGCAGAGAUGCCACAGCGUCGCCCCCACUUUGAGGAACUCCACGGACGACUUCGGCAGUGGCUGAUGCCUCUCUUGCAACAACACCAGGCCAACUUUUCCCAACACGUGCACCACCACCAGAUGCAGGGACAAGGUCAGAAUGGGGGUCACCAAGGGUGUCAAUAUCCACCAAGGACACCGCAAGCGCAGCAUCAGCAACACCAUAUUCAACAAGGACAUAGUCCCCAGCAUUGCGGAAAUGGUUACCCCCAACAGAUCCAACAUCAGCAGCAACAAUAUCAGCAGCAACAACAACAGGGAACACCCGUGAUUCACUGCCCCAUAAACUGUGGUGGAGGUCACCACGCUCACUCGGGCGACGGCAUGGCGUUGGGUGGACGAUUUUCUCCCCAACAACAGCAGCAGCUCAGCCACGCUCAGCAACAGCAGCAACACCUCGUCCUCCAACAGUUGCAACAACAUCAUGCUCACAACAACGGAGGGCAACCAAUCCCCAAUGGGGUUGGCGUUUACCCCCAACAGUACCAGCAACAACAAUGCUACCCUCCCCCAGGUCAUUCAUCGCCAUAUAAGGGACUCGGCGACGGGAAAAUGACCAACAUUUAAGUUAAAUUUUAACUAGUAAUUACUCAUUAAUUAAGAAAACCAAAGAUGUUCAUUUUUAAAAGACUGAAGAAUUCCAAGAAUUUUUGUAAAUUUGUACAUUUCUAUAUUAUGCAGCUUUAUUAUGCAGCUUUGACUAAUGAAUUUGAAUUGUAGAUUUAAAUGUAGGGUAAUAAAAUUAAGGUGUAAAGUUAAAACGUCAA